UUCCCUCCCAUUUUGUUUCUCACUCACUCAUUCACUCAGUCUCUCUCUCUCUCACACACACGGGCUUUCCCCACCCCCCAUCAGCAUCAGAGGCGAUGGGAAAAGUUACUGGCUGGUACCCAGGCUGGCACGUUGCUCUGCUAGCCACCCGGACAUGGCUUUUGAUCCUCACUUUUGGCUUUAUCGGAGCAGAAAUCACUUGCAGAUCGUGCCACUGGCAGGUGCAGCUACAGCAGCAGCAACGGCAGCAGCAGCAACCCCAGGAAGGAUUAUUAAUGCACUUGAGGACGGGACGAAGAGGCGAAGAAGCGAGGAGGCUACCUGUGGAGAAAAGAGGUGAGGGGCACCCGAGUCAUGGGGAGGAGUUGGCUGAUGCCGGGCAUCAAGCCCUCUGUGCUUCUGCUCCCGCUGGGGAGAGUGAUGCCCGACUGGGAGCAAAGAAACUGAGGGGAUCGAGGAAACUGACCGGCGAGCCUCCAGAGGCUCGGAUCAGCCGCCGACCGGCGCCCUUGGAUGUUCAUCAGCCCAGCCGCUUGAAGUUUCCCUUGGAGCCUAUUCCGUUCCCUGGAGGAACCGAAGGGCGCUCGCUAGCAAACUCUGAGGCUAGCCGUGCUGCCAGAUCGGCGAUCCUCGGCCGGCAAAGAAAGCACAGUGCGGCUCGGAGGGGGCAGCAGAGCCGGAAGCCCAGAGGAGCUCCGGCUGAAAGAGACCCCCAACUGGAGAGCCGAGAACAGGCAUCCGCGGAGCAGCUGCAGGGAAAAGCCACGCGCUUCAGACUGGAGGAACUGAAAUUGACUAGCACGACCUUUGCCCUUACUGGGGAUUCGGCGCAUAAUCAAGCCAUGGUGCAUUGGUCAGGCCACAACAGCAGCGUGAUUUUAAUUCUGACAAAGCUGUAUGACUACAACCUGGGGAGUAUCACAGAGAGCUCACUCUGGAGGUCAACGGAUUAUGGGACAACAUAUGAAAAGCUGAAUGACAAAGUGGGUCUGAAGACCAUUCUUAGUUACCUCUAUGUCUGUCCAACUAAUAAGCGCAAGAUUAUGUUGCUUACUGACCCUGAGAUUGAGAGCAGCCUGUUGAUCAGUUCUGAUGAAGGUGCUACCUAUCAAAAAUACCGUCUGAACUUCUACAUCCACAGCAUGCUCUUCCAUCCCAAGCAGGAGGAUUGGAUUCUGGCCUAUAGUCAGGAUCAGAAGUUAUACAGUUCAGUUGAAUUUGGAAGAAGAUGGCUACUUCUCCAAGAAAACGUAACACCAAACAGAUUCUACUGGUCUAGAAUGGGCACUGGUAAAGAUCCAGACAUAGUCCAUUUGGAGGCAAAGACAGUGGAUGGCCAUGCACAGUACAUCACCUGCAGGAUGCAGAACUGCUCUGAAGCUAUAAGAAGUAAACCUUUUCCAGGAUACAUCGACUCUGACUCCCUCAUCGUCCAGGAUGAUUAUGUGUUUGUUCAGCUGACAUCAGGAGGCCGGCCUCAUUACUACGUGUCCUAUCGGAGAAAUGCAUUUGCGCAGAUGAGGCUUCCUAAGUACGCUUUGCCAAAGGACAUGCAUGUCAUCAGCACUGAUGAGAAUCAGGUAUUUGCUGCAGUCCAGGAAUGGAACCAGAAUGAUACAUACAAUCUUUACAUCUCUGAUACCCGAGGGAUCUACUUUACCCUGGCUUUGGAAAAUGUCAAGAGCAGCCGAGACCUGGAGGGCAAUGUGAUGAUAGACCUCUAUGAGGUAGCAGGGAUAAAGGGAAUGUUCUUGGCUAACAAGAAGAUUGACAACCAAGUGAAAACUUUCAUCACCUACAAUAAAGGCAGAGACUGGCACUUGCUACAGGCCCCAGACACGGAUCUGAGAGGAAAUCCAGUUCAUUGCCUCCUGCCCUACUGUUCCCUGCACCUACACCUGAAGGUUUCAGAAAAUCCGUACACUUCCGGCAACAUUGCCAGUCGGGAUACUGCUCCAGGCAUCAUUGUGGCCUCUGGUAAUAUCGGGAAUGAGUUGUCAGACAAUGAUAUCAGCAUGUUUGUUUCAUCUGAUGCUGGCAACACUUGGAGACAAAUCUUUGAAGAAGAACACAGCGUUCUUUAUCUGGAUCAAGGUGGGGUUUUAGUUGCCAUGAAACAUACCUCGCUGCCUAUACGACAUCUCUGGUUAAGUUUUGAUGAAGGAAGAUCCUGGAGCAAAUACAGCUUUACUUCCAUCCCACUUUUUGUUGAUGGAGUUUUGGGUGAGCCUGGAGAAGAGACCUUAAUAAUGACAGUUUUUGGGCACUUCAGCCAUCGCUCUGAAUGGCAGCUGGUGAAAGUGGACUACAAGUCAAUCUUUGAUAGACGGUGUGCUGAAGGUGACUACCGGCCCUGGCAGCUUCAUAGCCAGGGAGAAGCAUGCAUCAUGGGAGCAAAAAGGAUCUACAAGAAGCGUAAGUCAGAAAAGAAAUGUAUGCAGGGCAAGUACGCUGGAGCCAUGGCAUCUGAACCAUGUGUUUGCACAGAGGCCGACUUUGAUUGCGACUAUGGAUUUGAACGUCACAGCAAUGGCCAGUGUUUGCCUGCCUUUUGGUACAACCCCUCCUCCUUAUCAAAAGACUGCAGUCUUGGUCAGAGUUAUCUCAAUAGCACUGGGUAUAGAAAGGUUGUUUCUAAUAAUUGCACAGAUGGUGUGCGUGAACAGUACACAGCCAAGCCUCAGCAGUGUCCUGGCAAAGCCCCACGAGGACUUCGAGUUGUCACUUCAGAUGGCACAUUGACAUCAGAACAAGGGCACAAUGUUACCUUCAUGGUACAGCUGGAGGAGGGCGAUAUUCAAAGAUCAAUAAUCCGUGUGGAUUUUGGAGAUGGCAGUGCUGUGUCAUAUGCCAAUAUCAGCUCAACAGAAGAUGGGAUCAAGCACAUCUACCAGAAUGUGGGGAUUUUCCGAGUAACAGCGCAGGUGGAAAACAGCCUGGGGGCAGACAGUGCUGUCCUGUACUUGCAUGUAAAUUGCCCUUUGGAACAUGUCCAUUUAUCGCUGCCAUUUGUAACAACGAAAAACAAAGAAGUUAACGCCACAGCAGUCCUGUGGCCCAGUCAAGUUGGAACACUAACUUACAUCUGGUGGUUUGGAAACAAUACUGAGCCACUGAUCACCCUGGAAGGGAGCAUCACGUUUACAUUCUCCACUGAAGGGAUGAGCACUAUCACAGUGCAGGUUUCUGCAGGAAAUGCCAUUCUGCAAGACACCAAGACGAUUGCAGUGUAUGAGCAAUUUCAAUCGCUAAGGUUAUCAUUCUCUCCAAAUCUGGAUGAAUACAAUCCAAGCAUUCCUGAAUGGAGACGAGACAUUGGUCGAGUCAUCAAGGCUGCUCUGGUUGAGGUAACAGGUAUUUCCAGCAAGCAUAUUUUGGUGGCAGUCCUCCCAGGUAUACCUACAUCUGCUGAACUCUUUAUUUUGCCCUAUGAGGAUGUCACAGGAGAAGACAAACAAACAGCAGAAGACCUGCAACAGAUUUCAGAAAUAUUGGUCCAGAAAUUGAACCAAAACUCCAUCCAAUUUGACCUGAAGCCUGGAGUUCGAAUCCUUGUACAUGCUGCUCAUUUAACAGCAGCCCCACUCAUAGAUGUCACACCUAGCCACAGUGGUUCAGCCAUGCUGAUGCUGCUCUCCGUGGUAUUUGUCGGAUUGGCAGUAUUUGUAAUCUACAAAUUCAAAAGGAAGAUUCCGGGCAUUAAUGUUUAUGCACAGAUGCAGAAUGAGAAAGAUCAAGAGAUGGUCAGUCCAGGCAGUCAAAGUGAAAGCAUGCCUAAUGUCCCUCAAAGGGAGCUGAUGACCCCAGAACAACUAGUAGAUGAGAAGUUGGAUACCCGGCCCAUAGGAAGUAUUUCCACAGUUGCUGAGACUCAAAGCACAAAAGAAAUCCCUACCUGUAUAAAUGUUUGAAACAAGGACACCGGUCUAUCUCUGUCCCCUUCAC